CCGCAAUCCUUUGCUCAGGGCCAGGUCAACGUGUAACUCUCGCCGAACGUGGCCUCGGCUUAGCCGCCGCUUAUAUCUGUGGAGUGCAGCCAGCCCACCCUCGACGACUGCACACACUCUGUAUCAACCAGGGCAAUGGCGGCCACGGUUGCGCAGUCCCAGGGCAUCAGCCCGGGGCUGCAUCCAUUACAAGCAGCAGCCUUGAGAGCUGCCAGCAGUGCGGAACAGGGGCAGGGGCAGGGACAACAACAACAACAAAGAGGCUUCGAUGACGAGCCCUUUGAUAUUUGCUCUGGGAAGCUCUCGGUGGGGGACUUUGUCAGGGUGCGGACAUUAGGAACAGGAACGUUCGCCCGUGUAUGCCUUGUCCGGCCAUCGCACGGUAGUGAUGCCGAGCGAUGCAAGGUGUAUGCGCUGAAGAUACUUCGGAAGACUGAGGUUAUCAAGCUGAAGCAACUGGAUCAUGUGCGUCAUGAGCGCCAGAUUCUUGCGGAUGUGAAAGGCCACCCUUUCAUUACCAACUUUCUCGCGUCUUUCUCGGAUCGCAACUUCCUCUACAUUCUCUUAGAUUACGUGCCAGGCGGUGAACUUUUCAGCUACCUCCGCAAACUUCGCCGUUUCGACGAGGACACGGCUCGCUUCUAUGCCGCCGAGAUUGUGCUGAUCCUCGAGCACUUGCACGAGCAUCAAGGGGGGAUAGCCUACCGGGACAUGAAGCCCGAGAACUUACUGCUCGACGCCGACGGCCACAUCAAGCUUGUCGAUUUUGGCUUCGCUAAGCGGCUAGGGAAUAACGAGUCCGGCCACCCAGUCGAAACCUACACGCUCUGCGGCACCCCCGAGUAUCUCGCACCAGAAGUGAUCCACAACAAGGGGCACACCACUGCGGUCGAUUGGUGGGCACUCGGCAUCCUCAUCUACGAAUUCCUCACGGGCUAUCCGCCCUUCUGGCAUCAAAACCCCCUAGAGAUAUAUAAGCAAAUCGUGGGAAGGCCCGUGGUCUUCCCGCAAGAACCCGUCAUCAGCGACGCAGCUAAGGACAUCAUUCGCCAGUUCUGCACCGUCGACCGCUCCCACCGCCUAGGUAACAUCUCGGGCGGGGCUGCCAAGGUCAAAGAGCACCCUUUCUUCGCUGGCGUCGACUGGGAUGCCAUUUAUCAGAAGCGGCAUAAAGGCCCCAUCGUCCCGCCGGUUAGGUACCCCGGGGAUGCGCAGUGCUUCGAUGUGUAUCCGGAAGAGGAUGUGGCCAAGGACGAGUAUACCGACGAGAUGGCGGAAAGGUAUGACGACUAUUUUGCGGACUUCUAAAGAAAGGCUUGUUGGGGGCUGCGAGCUGAGGUGGAGUGGUUUUAUUGGGGAGCGCAAUAUACUGAGUGCGCUGGCUUCUCUUCCUCUUUCGACUUGUUGGGUUUGGCUUUAACGCGGAUACCCGGCUUUGGGUUGUGCAGGUGCACAGGU